AUGUACUUUAUGAAGGGUGAGGAAGUGCUGCUCAAAAUUUCACCCAUGAAGGGUGUCAUGCAAUUUGGAAAGCGAGGAAAGCUCAGUCCUAGAUGUAUUGGACCACUUGAGAUUUUUCAGCGUGUGGGAUCGGUGACCUAUAGAUUGAAAUUGUCUCCGAAUGAUAACCUCUCUUAUGAAGAGGAACCUGCUACUAUUCUCGAGAGAGACAUUCGUAAGUUAAGGACUAAGGAUAUUGCAUCUGUGAAGGUCCAGUGGAAGAAUCGUCCUAUUGAGGAGGACAAUUGGGAGACCAAAGCAGAC